GCUUUUAUUUCGAAAGAGCGGAAAUGAUGGCGAGUGUGUCGUUAGCGGACAGACUGAGAGAAUGAGGCUGAAGAAAUGGGACUUGGAUGAAUAUCUGUGAGAUAUUAAGAGCUGAUCAUAUAACUUGGGUUCAUCAUUGCUGAACCUGUGGGAUGGACACAAUCCCUGAGAGCCAGGGGGCUUCAGGCAUCAGCAGAGAAACCAGAGCAGUUCCCAGAAUCCAGUGUGAAUGAGAGCAACAUGAAGCGCCCUAAACGCUGGGUAGCAAACAGGCGUGUGUUGGUGCUGUGUGUGGUUUUAGGUGUGUCGGUUUUGGUUGUGGUCUUUCUACAGCUUACUGGCAAGGAGACAAAACAUCUGGCUUUGCACAUCAACCCAGCACAUAAAAAGCAGGUGCAUGAGCAUGUGCAAAGAGUUCUGGAGGGUCCGUGUCAUCCCGGCCGAACCAGGCAGAGCUUGUUAACUCGACUUCCUGUGUCCAGUCGUGGGACGCAGCCCUUCCUAUGGAAAGACGUGCCGCUCCGUGAUGACCUCUUCCUGUAUCCACCACCAUUUGGGUUCCAAGGUCUUCAGGGCAAAGUAGAGGACCUACUGAAACAGCUGCCGGACUCCGACUCUGCUCCCCAGCUGGCACACUCAUCAGACAAAUGCCGGCGCUGUGUGGUCGUUGGAAACGGAGGCAUCCUCAGAGGCCUGGAGCUGGGCUCACUGAUCGACCGUUUCGACACUAUUAUCAGACUGAAUAGUGGUCCUCUGGGAGAGUUCAGUGUUGACGUUGGAAAUUGGACAAGCAUCAGGAUGAGUUACCCGGAGGGCACGCCGCUCCACUGGAUCGACACAGACCCACACACGCUGUUUGUAGCUGUGAUGUAUAAAGGAGUAGACCUCAGCUGGACCUUUGCUAUGGUCAAGAAGCUCACUGUGCCUCUGUGGGACUGGCUCUUCUUCUGGCAGAAGGUUCCAGAUAAAAUUCCUCUAGAGCCCCACAGGUUCAGAAUACUGAACCCGCAUGUCAUCAGAGAGACUGCAUUAGAGCUACUGAAAUACCCUCUACCCAGAAGAUGCCUGUGGGGCACUGACCAGAAUGUGCCAACCAUAGGUGUCUCUGCACUGGAUUUAGCUAGUCUGCUGUGUGAUGAGGUCAGCCUAGCCGGCUUUGGCUACAACCUCUCCCAGUCGGAGGCGCCGCUGCACUACUAUGACAACCUGCCCAUGACAGCCAUGCUGAAGCAAAAGUCGCACAAUGUGGACAGAGAGACUGAACUCCUGCAAAACCUGGUCAGGGAGGGAGCCAUCACUGACCUGACAGGAGGGAUUCACUGCUCCUUCUGCCCUAGCUGACCCGAGAUAUUUGAGCACUUUCCCAUUUUUGUGUUAUAAAGUGAUUUUUAAGAACAAAUUACAGAGAGUGAAAAGAAGACCAAAGCCUAAAGCCUGAAAGAAAUUAGAAAGAUGAAGAAAGAUUAAACUGAAACACAUAUAUAUAUAUACUUCACUGGUUAUAAAGACAUUUUGUCAUUUUCAUAUUGUUGAAUAUGUUACAAAGUGUUUUGGACAAGUACAGGAUAUUACUUAUGUUAAUGAAGGAACAAAUGGAUCUGUGUUGGAAGUGACAGAGGAAUGUGAAAAUUACAGAAUGAGUGGACUGAUCUGCACAGUGUCUUCAAGGACAUUUUUGAAGCAGGCUUCAAAUAGUUGAAACUGACGAUAAACACAUUUCUUUUUUAUGUUUCAGAAGGUACAAUACUCUGAUAUACGACAGCAUCCUCAUAUCUUAUCAAUCCACUGCUAGCAUCACAACAAUUUAACACUGAUGUUUUGUAGUUCUGUCUGUGGUUUUAGUGGCAGCUGAUUUGUGCUGAUUCACAAGAGUUGUGAUUCUUUUUUACAGCUACUUCUUGUUCAGUUUGUAGUCUUCCACAGUAGCUGGUUUGUGAAAAUAGUGCACAUUUUAUUUAUGGAUUAUGUUUUUUUCAUGGAACAUUAAUAUCAUUUUCAUUUUGCGCAACUUAUGUUGUUACCUUUUAAAAUGUUUAUGUAUUUAUGCGUCAUUUAUUGAGAUAAAGCCUCAAGUUCCUCCA